AUGAAGAAAGCGAGGGUUGGCAAAGACCUGGCUCUCGCUGUGAAGCAGGAGAAGGGGCACGUGGUGGAUGAGAUGGAUGAGGAGGGUGAAGAGGAUCAUGGAGAUGAAAGUUUCGAAGAUGAGCUCAUCCAAGAAUUGGCCUCGGCCGAUGCAAAGGGCAAGGCUCGGGUGCAGCCAGAACAGCGGCGCACCAAGGUGAGCUGUGUCAUAGACCUUACCCAGGAUGAUGACGAAGCUGACGCUGCCACCGAAGGCGAGGAUUCCGUAGAAGAUGAAUCGCAAGAUGAAGAUGAAGAAGAUGAGUAUGAUGACGUGGCCCUGAACUUCCGGCCGCUGUCCGAACUGGGCGACAAGUUCUUCAUCAAUCGACAGAAGGCCGACCGCGCCCGCGACCGAGACAAGGAGUACCAGGACAUGGUCGACGUCAGCCUCGACCAGUUAGAGAACGGCCCCUUCCGCCAGCAGCUGCACCACUUCCUCAUCGACGUAUGGCAGGGCAGCGGCAGCACCAACGGCGGCCGCCGCGGCCGCGACAGCGAGACGGUGCGGGCCAGCUACAUCCACCGGGUCGAGGCCAAGCCGGCCCAGUGCGUCGACGUGCGGCGCGGACUGCCCAACGGCCACCGGCUGUGCCCCGAGGUGGUCCACGCGCUCGAGCAGCAGCGGAAGACGAGCCUCUACUCGCACCAGUUCCAGGUGCUCGAUCGCCUCUUCACUCCGCUCAAGCCUGCGCCGGUACCCACUUCGACGACGCUGGCCACUACAACGACUACACAUGCAACGACGACGAUGACCGAGAGGAGGUGCGGCCGAGACGUGAUCAUCACCACGCCGACGAGCUCGGGCAAGAGCCUGUGCUUCAACCUGGGCGUGUUCGAGAAGAUCUUGCGGGCCAAGCGGCAGCGGCGGCAGGUGAGCGGCCUCUAUCUGUUCCCGCUGAACGCGCUCGCCAAGGACCAGGAGAAGAAGCUGCUCGAGUUCAACCAGCAGCUGCCCGCCGCGCAGCGGCUUCGCGUCGUAAUCAUGACAGGCGAACAUCAGACAAGCGAGAAGCUGCAACUGUUCCGACACAAUCCGCCGGACAUCCUAGUGACGAACCCCGAGACCCUGCACUACCAGUUGUACAGAGGACGCAAGGACCAGGGUCUGUGGCAACACUGGCGAACUUUCCUGAGCAGGCUCGGCAUCUGCGUGUUGGAUGAAGCGCACACCUACUCAGGAAUCUUUGGCUGUAACGCCAGCAACCUCAUACGACGACUGUACGUGGCUGUGGACGGGUUUGGCGGAGACUCCACUCAGAUCCAGUUCAUUCUAGCCUCGGCCACCAUCGGCAAUCCGGUGGACCUGGCUUCGCGCCUGCUCCACCGAUCGCCCACGCAGGGGGAUGAAGACACCAUCGCCUGGGUGCAGGAGAGCGGUGCGCAGCGACCAGAAAGGGCCAUCAUCACGCUCGAGUCCCACACCCGCUCCAAGGUGGCAGCUGCAGCGAUCAUCGAGUCGUGGAUCAACCUCAAGUGGCGCUCGUUGGUGUACGGCCUGCCCCUAUCCGCCGAGCCUCCGCUUAUGUUUUGCAACACCAUCGACAGUGUGAACAAGCUCCGCUUCUUCAUCCAGGAAAAGAAGCGGCACAUCUCGGGUAAGGUGAGAACCUAUUACUCGUCCAUGACGCCCGAUGCCAAGGCGCAAGUGAUGCGAGAUCUGGAGUCGGGUAAGGUUCUGUGCAUCAUCUGCUCCAACGCGCUGGAAGCCGGGCUUGAUCUCCCGGGGCUCGACGCAUGUCUGAUGCUGAGCCACCCGGGCAGCAAGAUGUCCUUCUGGCAGCGCGUGGGACGCGCCGGGCGCUCCAAGCCAGUGCUGCUCAGCGAAGAGGUGGAAAAGAUAGCCUUCAACAGCGACUACCCUUCGAUCCUGCGAAAGCACCUGUCGUGCUGCGCCCACGAGAGCGACCUCUGGUGGAACGAGGCACGUCUGGUGGAGAAGACUGUGCGGGAGCUUCUGGAGGCCAAGGAGGUCACCCUACGGUCAUCUCAAACCAGAAAAGGUCAACUUGUACAAGGCAUCGCUCCACCGUGGACCGCGCACCGAGUUGUAAAUAUGCGCGGAUCGUUGAUGGAGCAAGUCAAGGUGCUGUGGAAGGACCGCGGAAACGUAACCCUGGAGACACUGGGCAAAGAGCAAGCGCUCUGGCGAGCCUACCCGGGCGCAAUCUUCUACAGCCCGGACAAGUCGGGCAAGGUGCAGCGGUUCGACGUCGUGUCAUUGGAGUUGGACCCCAAGAACGUCGACAGCCACGCCCUCCUCACCCUCUCGACCCGCAAAUACUGCGACACCAAGGCGGCCAUUACGGGCAAGGUCGAGAUCAAAGAGUCGUGGGGCGAGAAGAUCUACCAAUUGGAGAUGGGCAUUCUGACCAUCGAAUACGGUACUCGCCAAGCAGUCUCUACAUACUCCUUCCUGGUGCCAUUAUAG